AUGGCCUUCAUCUUGACUGUUCUAUCUGAUACAAUUUGUCUUGCUCCUUGUACUUUUAGAAAACAGACAAUGAUAGCACUUAAAGAUGAAAUUAAUCUAAAAUUUGCAAAUAAAGUGGUGAUCCAUACGGGUCUAUGCAUUUGUCUAUAUGAUAUUCUUUAUUGUGGAAAAGCGUUAAUAAAAUAUGGUGACGGAUGUGCGUAUAUUCCAGUUAAGUUCAGAUUAGUCGUGUUUCGUCCUUUUAUUGGUGAAGUCUUGACCGGAAAAAUACAAAGUUCCUCUCACUCAGGCAUAAAAGUUUCAUUAGGCUUUUUCGAUGACAUCUUUAUUCCAAAGAGUCUUCUAUGGGAAGACUGUGAAUUUGAUAUUGAUGAACAACGUUGGAUUUGGCAUAGUAGUCAUGGAGAUCUCUUCUUAAAUACAGGAGAAACCAUUAGAUUUACGAUAGAAAGUGAAACAUUUGUUAAUAGUAAUCCAUUUAUGACUCCAAAUCAGACAUGUGAACAAGAACAAGCUCCAUAUACGUUGACGGCAUCAUGCAACAAAGAUGGAAUGGGAUCUAUUUUCUGGUGGAAAUAA